CCGAUGGGAGGUUCUCACAGCCACAACCAGUGAGAGGAACACCUCACUGAGGUGUUACUAUGGGAGGAAGAAUACAACAUGAUGAGGCUACAGAAUACAAGCUUGUGUGCUGUUUUCCAACGACAGACUCAGUGAUUUACCUCAGUGAGGGGAAAAUAAAUCUGUGAGUCAGCAACAUAACUUCAGUUCUCUCUGUAUCUCUGCUGUCACGAAAUGGUUUGACAGCCAACAGCGAAACAGUUUUCAUCAGAAGUCAGUUUUUUUCGAGCAGACAAUGUGCAGUUUCUACUGGUGAUGGGAAUUUUAAAUAUCGCCUUUGGCUUUUAGUGGUCAUUUAGAUCAAAUCUAAAACCAGGAAUAUACACAUUACACAUGAUGAUGUUGAGCCUGUAAUGCCAUAACCGUUCAUAAUGAAUUUAAAAAGAAAAUCAAAGCUAUUACAUUUAAGGUAGGCUUGCAUGAUUGCAUUAACAUAUUGUUUCCAAUUACAUGCAGUUGAAUAUGUGAUUAAAUUAUAAUGGCAGACACCUAUGGAAGACCAUUUGUGUAUGGUGCUCAUCAUGAUCGUCACGUAUUAAAGGUACAGGAAACUCAAAAGUGUGAAUAUGUUACCAAAAAGGAGUUAUUUUCUGCAAAACCUGAUAUUAUUUUGGCCAAUUGGGGAUAGAGAAGACAAGCUGUGAGCUGUGAACACAACAUUGACACACCACCUUUUAAGUUGAUAUGGCAAACGUUUGAUCAUAUACGUACCCCACAGUUAGGGUGCGAUUACAUCAUUCAUGCGGGGUCAUGUUUCUGACCACCUCGGUUUUAUGGCUAAAACUGGAAGAAUCUGGUGGUGGGGGUCUAAAUUGCUAAAUGCUCCUCGAUGUUCACCAGCUAGUCACUAACUGUGUCUGUCUAUUGUUUGGUGCUAAGCAGGUGGCGUUUGUUCUCUGUUCAUACGAUACAUUGUUAGUGUGAAAUAUCAGUUAUAGCCCCUUAAAAGCUGCACUAAUCAAUAUUUUCACCUGACUAUAGACAUACCAUAUAACCAGUGAAAGUAGCAUUUCAACCCCUCAUUACAGUUAGCUGUGCUUAAGUCAUCUAUACUUUUCCUGCUUUAUUCUUCAGUAAGAUUGUUGGCGUCAUAACUUCCACCUCCCCUCAAUGCCCGGGGUUGAACAGGUUGAAAGCCCUGUUACUCAUACAGUGUGUUUAAUUAUAGGCAUGCGUAAUCACACUUUGACCCAAAACAUUUUAUUCUUUUUGAACUUUGGUGAAACUGUGAAGAUCUGUGACGCACCGGAGCAACUGAAAGAAAAAAAAAAAAAACAAUUCAUUUUGGCACCAGUUUAAGGGGAGUGCACAGCUUGUUUGUGGGCCGGGGCUGGAGUGAUCUGACUUGUAGCAAUACCCCAGCAUUUAGUAUUUUCCCUCUCUCACAGACAGAGAUUAAGGUGGGCGGACAUUACCUUGGUUAUUGAUUAUUACGCAGUAUGGAAGAUUUAGCUUCAAAAGACGCAUGUAGAGGAGUAAAUGGACAGUCCACAACAGACGAAUCGCCUUCUGCUGCUGCUCACAGUGUUGAGUCACACUGCGGAUCCUGCAUGAAAAGGGUUAAGCUCUGGGUACCUGAGGACUACAAGAAUGAAUCAGUUCAGCUUUUGAAACUAGCGGGACCCGUGUUCAUUUCACAGAUGAUGGCCUUCAUGAUCGGCUUCGUCAGCAUGGUGUUCUGCGGUCACCUGGGGAAAACAGAGCUGGCGGGGGUGGCGUUAGCGAUUGCGGUAAUAAAUGUCACAGGUAUUUCCAUUGGCAGUGGUUUGGCAUCAACAUGUGAUACUCUCAUAUCUCAGACUUAUGGGAGUGGUAACCGAAAGCGUGUCGGAGUGAUACUCCAAAGGGGAGUUUUGAUUCUGCUCUUAGCCUGUUUCCCCUGCUGGGCCGUCCUCGUUAACACUCAGCCCAUUCUGCUGGCUGUCAGACAGAGCCCAGAGGUCGCCAGACUCUCCCAGCUGUAUGUGAAAAUCUUUAUGCCGGCUCUGCCAGCUGCCUUCAUGUACCAGCUGCUGGGGAGGUAUCUUCAGAAUCAGGGCAUCAUGUGGCCCCAGGUGAUAUCUGGAGCCACGGGGAACGUUUUAAAUGUAAUAAUCAACUACAUUUUCCUCAACCAUCUGGAUCUGGGGGUUGCUGGAUCUGCAGCUGCAAAUGCCAUCUCACAGUAUACCUUGGCCGUGUUCUUGUUUGUGUACAUCUGCUCCAGGGGACUGCACACAGCUACUUGGGACGGCUGGUCAAGAGAGUGCCUGCAGGAGUGGGGUCCUUUCCUCUGCCUGGCCAUCCCCAGCAUGCUGAUGCUUUGUCUGGAGUGGUGGCUGUAUGAGAUUGCAGGGUUCCUGGCAGGCAUCAUCAGCGAGGUUGAGCUGGGAGCUCAGUCUAUAGUUUAUGAACUGGCUACUAUUGUUUACAUGUUUCCAGUGGGUUUCUCCGUGGCUGCCAGUGUUCGCGUUGGGAAUGCUCUUGGUGCUGGGAACACAGAGCAAGCCAAGCUGUCCAGCAAGGUCUCCGUCAUCUGUGCAUUUAUUGUGUCAUGUUUCAUCGGAGCGUGUCUUAGUCUGUCUAAGGAUGUGGUUGGUUACAUUUUCACUACAGAGAUAGACAUUAUUCAGAGGGUGGCGGUUAUCAUGAAGAUUUACGGUUUCAUCCAUGUUGCUGAGGCCUUUGCGAGUGUGACUGGAGGUAUUGUCAGGGGGGCAGGGAAACAAAUGGUUGGUGCUGUGUGCAGCUUGGUGGGUUACUAUUUCAUUGGGUUCCCCAUUGGUGUGUCUCUGAUGUUCCCUCUCAAAAUGGGCAUCGUAGGACUGUGGUCGGGGUUUUUAAUUUGUGUUUCGCUACAGUCCUUGUUUUUUAUAGUUUUCCUGUGUAAAUUGAACUGGAUAAAAACCACUAAAGAGGCGCUUUUAAGAGCAGGAGUCCAAGUGACAGAGGGAAACGAGAUAUUCUGGACAGAAAACAAAGCCCUGGACUCUGCCGAUAAAAAUGGCCACGAAAAGACCAGUCGAUCUACUUCUUUCAGUUCAGUGAAGGGCAGGCUGGAAGUGCUGGAUGCAGGUCAGCAGACUUCCGAUGACGUGGCUCUGUCAGUCAGGCAGCUGGUGGUACGGCGUGGCCUCGCUGUGCUGCUCAUGUUCAUCAUCCUCGCUGCUGGAGUCUGCAUCAGCGAGCUGCUCAUCAGACUGCUCGAAUAAGAUGAGUGACCAUGAACUUGUGUGUGCAGCACGGAACCAAGCUCUGUGAGUCUGCCUUUGAGAGCGCAGAUGCAUCUUCAUGCUUAGCAGUAAAGCAUGUCACGCAUAAACAGACAUCAACAAUCAACAGCAAAAUUAAAUGUAGCUUCCAUUUUACCAUCUGAAGCAAUUUGUAAUGACGAACUUCCAAUCCAUACUCCCACUUUUACAAAACAUCUGACCCAUUUAUUAUGCACUAAUGACAUCGGCAUAACAAUGAUAGCUUACACAAGUUGUUGACUUCGUCAGAUCCAUUUAGAUUAUUCCUUGAUUUCCUGUGUACUUCAUACCGAAGAGGAUUUGUCUUUAAAAUAGAAUCUAUUCAUUGUAAUAUUUCUUGAUCAAAUCUAAAAUAAAUAGGUCAAACCA